CCACCAGAAGACGCAAACCGCGCACACCAACCACCACAAACCACAACGAACAACAACCAUGGGCACGCAUGAGGAGGAUCCACGGGAGCUGGCAAAGAAGCUGGUGAUGCUAUCAGAGUCACCGGGACGGGCCACAAGAUCGUCCACACCCGACGAUCAGCAACAAGGAGGAGACCGUGCAAGCGCCAGCAGCAACGAGAACAAUGACACUGCAACAGCAGCAGCGGCGGCGACGACGGGAGCGACGGCGCAUCACACAGCACGCAGUGGUAGAAGACGCACACCAACGAGGAAAGCAGCCACCGCACCGUCGAGCAGAGCCGAUUCUGCAAAGGCGUCGCCAUCACCGUCACCGCAGAACGCGAGGAAGCGUGCAAAACGCACCCCGCAGGCAACCCACCCGCAACAACCACCACCAACGACCACCGCCGCACUGUCGACGCCGACAGCUGCAGAGUACAUCCAAAGCCAAAUGACCAACAUCCAAGAUGCAUCCGUGCCAGCUACACCUGCCAUGUCAACAGGGGCAACAGCAGCGACGCCUUCAUCGUCCUCCGCAGCGUCGACAGCAGCGUCCGUACUGGCCACACCGACGCGAUCCCGGCGCAGCCGAUCGUCAAAGUCUGGCCAGCAGUCGCCGUCCACACACCAGGCACGUCGUGGCAAAAGCAAAGGGGUCAAGGGCGCGCACGUGAUGACCAUCUUUGAGCGUGACAUCAACCUCCUCGCCAUUGACAAGGACACGUCGCUGUACAGUGCAUGCCGUGCAUGGAUGGCCGUGGACACAACCGGCGACAAGCUCCGUGCCAGCGUGAAGCAGCCGCAGACACCGGCCACGUUUUCGUUUCCCGCGCCAGAUACAUCUGCGCCCAUCGACUACGGCCUGCACGUGCGCCCAGAGCUGCAGAAGGCCAUGGCGAACGUCGACGCAUGCCUUGAGACGGCGCUUACUGGGGACGAGACGGAGGAAGCGAUUUCGGAGCGGAAACAGACGCUGCAAAUCAAGUGGCGCAAGAUGCGACGCACGACGAACGAGCGCGUUGUUGGCAGUUAUGCGCAGCGAUACAGGGACAGUCUUCGCGUCAUUGCACGGGAUAUCAAGUCGUCCAACCGAUGAAGCAUUCCAUGCUGUUGAUUUGUGAAGAUGCCGACCACCGCCAACCAGCACAGCCUGCCCUCGUGCCGCUUUGCACGCUUUUCCUUCACCAUCCAGUGGCCUUACUCUUCUUGCCUCAUUACGUCCCCUCUUUGCUUCUUUCCUUGUGGUUAUCAACAGACACCUGUUCUUCUUCUUUGUUGCGUUUGCCUGCAAGCUUGUUCCUUCCUCCCAACACACACACACACACGUGCAGUCUUGUUGUUUAAAGGCACAUCAUUUGACUC